AAAUUUGCGCGAGACAUUUUUUCAGCCGUCAUCCGUGUCUGAGCAAAUCGCAACUCGUUCCAAGCGAGAAGUUGUGCCCGCAUCGUCGAAGCGAAAGAAAAGCGCCCGGUGGUUGUUCCCCACUUUUUGCCUCAGUGCUUUUUCGCGUGUGUCCUACCGACCGAGACCUACCCCGUACCAGCGAGAAGAUGGCGUACGAACCGAAGACGGCCCCAUUCGAUCCCCGCUUCCCCAACCAGAACCAGACCAAGCACUGCUACCAGAGCUAUCUGGAUUUCCACCGCUGCGAGAAGGUCAAGGGCGAGGGCGACCAGGUAUGCAAGUACUUCAAGAACGUCUUCUCGUCGAUGUGCCCCAACUCGUGGGUUGAGAAGUGGGACAGCCAGCGCGAGGAGGGCACCUUUGCCGGCCACAUCUAAGGCAUCCAAGCGAACCGGGAGAGGGAGAGAGAGAGUGCGCGCUGAUGUUUGGUGCAACGAUGUCGUCGCUCUCCCGGGAUCCCUUUUUGCAUACACCCUUUGCUAGUAAACCAUCAGAAGUAACAGAAAAUUGAAAUUCAACCUACUACUACUGCUACCACCAGCAAUACAAAUCCGGAAGAAGAAUGUUGUGUCGCGUGCGCAACGUUGCCAUCCGUCACGAUCCACGUGGCGCGGGGCACGCGAUGAAAUUGAAAUAAAACCAUUAUUAAACAGAGAGAACAUAACCCUGUAUCGUUAA